CUUACAACACCUAAUGGAUGCUCUUGCAUCGAUCGUGUCUUCUUGUCGUAGACAUCUGAAUUUAGAUUUUUUGUGGGGAACAGUAAGUCGAGGCAGAACAAUCAGUAUGCCACGUUCCCGAAGAAAGAGGACCAGAAGUAGAGAUUCCAGUUAUGAUGAUGAUUAUCGCCACAAGAGAAGGAGAAAUGAUUAUUAUGAUGAUGAUCACUAUGAUUCCAGACAUUCCAGAAGUCGACUCAGCAGUGAGCGUCGUCAUCGAGAGCGCCGUCACCGCCACAGAGAACGUUCCUACUCCAGAUCCAGAUCCCUGAGCCCAAGUCACCACAGUCGCAGCCACCAUUAUGGAGAAUCGGACCACAGCUCACGAUACCGUUCUGACAGCAGACGUCAUCGCAGACGUCACCGUCAUCAUCGCAGGAACAGACGGUCGUAUUCCUCAGGCUCAAGUCGGGAGCAGCCAGAGUCAAGUGAAAGAGCACCAAGCGUCAACGAUGACGAUGAUGGUCACCUGAUCUACCAAGGCGACGUCCUACAAGCACGAUAUGAAGUAGUUCAGACACUGGGAGAAGGUACAUUUGGCAAAGUGGUGGAAUGUAAAGACCGACAGAGUCCAAAUGAAAGAGUUGCCUUAAAAAUCAUCAAGAAUGUGGAAAAGUACAGAGAAGCCGCCAAGUUGGAAAUAAAUGUUCUGGAGAAACUGAGAGAGAAGGAUCCUGCAGGGAAACAUCUGUGUGUACGGAUGCUGGAUUGGUUUGACUACCAUGGCCACAUGUGCUUGGCAUUCGAUAUGCUGGGACUCAGUGUCUUCGACUUCCUCAAAGACAACAACUACGUCCCUUACCCCCUGGAGCAAGUCCGACAUAUAUCCUACCAGCUGGUCUAUGCAGUUAACUUUUUACACGAAAAUCAGCUGACCCACACAGAUCUGAAACCAGAAAAUAUAUUAUUUUUAAGUUCCGAGUUUGAAGUCGCAUAUAAUCAAAAGAAGCGGAGAGAUGAACGGAGAGUGAAGUCUACAGACAUUCGGUUAAUAGACUUUGGGUCAGCAACCUUUGACCACGAACACCACAGCACAAUAGUGUCAACAAGGCAUUACCGGGCUCCAGAAGUUAUACUAGAGCUGGGAUGGUCACAACCAUGUGACGUGUGGAGUAUAGGCUGUAUCAUGUUUGAGCUGUACACAGGCUACACGUUAUUCCAGACACAUGACAACAAGGAACAUCUGGCUAUGAUGGAACGGAUUCUUGGAUCCCUACCCUACAGAAUGGCAAAGAAAACAAAAAAGCAAAAGUAUUUCUACCAUGGUCGAUUUGAUUGGGAGGAGAAGAGUUCAGCAGGCCGCUAUGUUCGAGAUAAUUGUAAACCACUCAGGCGCUACAUUAAGGACCCUGAUAACGAGGAGCACAGACAGCUGUUUGACGUCAUUGGCAAAAUGCUGGAGUACGAUCCCAGCAACAGAGUGAAUCUCAAACAGUCUCUGCGACAUGCGUUCUUCCGCAAAUAUUAUGAAGAGGAAUUGUUGAAAGAGCCUGAGAACUCACAAAGUAACGGUGACCGAGAAAGAAGCCAUAGUUUGAGCAGGUGAUGUGAAAGCCCGCUGCUGGACACUUGCAGCACAAUCUAGAUUCGGUUCUCUAAUGUUGGGUGGAAUGACUGCAUUAACUAGGAGUAAACACUGUGUGAAGCUAGGCACAUGUCAUUGCACGCUAAACCUUCAGUGGUUUCACCACAGUAUGCAUCCGAGCAUUCUUGGCAGUUUGAUCGGUUGAAAUUCAUGUACAUCAAUGAUUCUUACACCAAGCCCAGAACAUGACCAGAGUUUUUGAAUGUGAGUUCUCAUCCAUCUAGCUUUAUGGUGAAAGAUUUGAGAGAGUAUUACCAGGGUAGACGCAAGCCACAAAUCAUUUUUGUUACACGAUUUGACAUACGCGUCAAACUGUUAUCUGUGUAACCAUGGUAACCUAUACCAGCCACAUGACUUGCAUUGCUGGUGCAUGAUGGGAGUUUGUGAUCACUGUUACAACUGGUGCGUGUGUAGUGCAUCCUGGUGAAUUCUCCAUGAUAGACUGAAUGGAGUGAGAUGUGCAAUGUGUUUUCUUGUCCACAGCGAUGGCAGUACAAGCAAAGACCUUCGACCUGAACAGGCCAGUUAGUUCACUUCCUGUGAAUGUUUUAUCUAUGCAAAUCAAGGUUUCAGUCCACAGAAUGUGAGCCUGGGGUUUUAGUGGCAUGAUGUCGGAUGGAUUUGUACAACAUUCGGCCCAAAUCAAAACUGUAAAUCUGUCCAUGUAUCAGUUUUCAGUAUUGUCACUGUCCAGCAUUAUAGACAUAGAAUCUGAUCUGGUGCACAAUAUUGCUCCAAUUGAAAUUUCAGAUACACAGAUUUUAAAAGGAUUUUAGUAAUAUGGAUCAGAAUUAUAUCGCACCACUCCACCGACAUAAGUACAAAGUCCAUCAAGUGUGACCCAGUGAAGUAUAUCUCAGCAUGGCCUGCCUAAUUCUUUGUCAUGACAACCAGUACGCACCGUGUCCCAGUGUGUAGAAUCUAGUUCCCAGUACAAGGUGCCAUACACCAAACACAAUACCCUCAAACUGGCAUUUGUGUCCCAAGAUUGGUUUGUUUCUGUGACUAGUUUAUGCAAGUGAGGAGUUUUGUCUCAAGUUUAGAACCCUUCCCCUGCAUCUGAGUAUGUGUCAGUAGGAGCCAUUUUGUUCCUUGUGUACUGCUACUGAGGUUGAGUCCCAUCAUUACACCAUCCAGGGAAAGUACAUCUAGUGUGCUGCACUACCAGGAAUGCAGUGGCUGCUAUGGGAUAUCGUCUUUGAUGUGGCAGGGGAGAUAAUUUCUUUAUUGCAUGUAUGUAGGGGAGAUAACUUCUUUAUUGUAUUUGUAUGUAAACAGGAUGUCAUGGUAUGCCAUGAUAAGCAUUUGUUAAUGUCAAAAACAAAGAAAACCUUUACUAAAAUAUUAACAGAAUCUUCUAGCGUGUAAGUUAGUCUGUCACCUUAUCACCACUCUGAAUUAGUUUUAGCACAGUUUCAAUGAAGCUGUGCUGAAUUGGGCUUCCAUGUAUCUAGUCAGUGGUGACAACUUUGGUGAUUUUCAAACAUUUUCUUAUGCUUUGCUUGUACUGCGCUGUGUUGUUUGAAAUAUUCUUGUUGAUAUCACAGGGCUGGAAAUUAAGUGUGGCAAGAAGUAGAAAGAAGAAAUCAUGACUGCUUCUGACAUUUUGUUCAUUGUUGGUACCAAGCUAAUGGCAUUUGAACAUCCUAAAUGCAAUAACUUAAUAUUUUUAUUGUUAUUUUUGGAUUUUGAUGCUACAAGGGAAAUACUUUUGACUUGCUGAUGACAGGGUGUUCUGUUUGAACAGACCAUAAUUUCUAGCCUUGUAUCAUGUGGUGGGUUGCAUGUUCAUCAACACUGCCAUUGUCAGGGAUGUGUGCACUAACGAUAAUAUCUAUCAGGCUGCAUGUAACUGGAGUUUAUAGAGCAGAUAAAUUCAUUCAGUCAAAUAUUCUCAGAAAUUUGGUCCAUGUUUAUAAAAAGCUGGAAUACCAACUCCGACAUCUGUUUCAAUAUUCAAACAUUACUGUAAAUUCCUUUCCAGUCUGGAUAUGGAAACCCUGGGAAUGAGCAGGGGAAUUAACAUACAGACAUAUAUACAAGCUGUGAGCAUGUCAUAUUGAGCUGUUGUACUUGUCAAACGCUGCAGGUUGGAUGUGUUUGUUGACAAAAUACCCUAUUGAGUAUUUCACGUGAGCUAUUUACCGGUAUGUGACUAGGGGUUUGUUGGGUCCGAUGCAACAAGCAUCACCUUGUUGGUUUCAUGGUGUUAUCAUUCAUAUAUUUAUUAUACUAACAUUAUAUCAUCGCAUAAUCAUUCAACUGCACAUGGAAUAUUUCAGCCACAUACACAUUUGCAAGCCAGUUGCAUUUCUAUGAAAGCAAUAUAAAUAAAUAUGUUCGUUAAAAAUUAGAAGAAAACGCUGUCUGAAAUACCAUCUGUCUAAAAUACCAUCUCCGUAGAUGUAUGAAAUUUAGGCCCAAUUUGAAUCCAGAUUAAGGCAUUUGCAAUUGAUUGUUUAUGAAGUUGUUCUUGUUUACACAUAUAAAUAUAUUUAAAUCUGAAUAAGGAAGAUAUAUCAAGAAAUGUUUCAUUGACCAAAUGUAGGAUCUCGAAUGACCAUUGUAUAUUUGUAGAUAUGUAAAAGUUUGUAUAGAAUUAUGGUUCUUACUGCCCAUGUUUUAGUUUGUACAGUGUGUAGCUAACAGGGUUUUACAGAUCUCUAGGUUGUUGUACAAUGUCAUAUUCUUCUUAUCUCAUGAAAACAUAGAAUUCAGAUUUUGUAUCUGUUAUAAAGCAGAUACUUGAAAAACAGAGCCCACCAAUUGUCUUCUGAAGUAGUUUAUGCUUGACAUUCUUAGAUAUGUGCUAACUUAUCAGAAAACAAUUAAAGUUACUCUUGAAGAAACCUGAUCCCUUUAAAAAAUACCGACAGCUUUAUUUUCACUCACUUUAUAGCAAGAUUCUACAUCUGGUGACAUUCUAGUCCAGUGUAGUGGUAGCUGUGUGCUGUUGUGUAUGUCACUGUCGCAGUAAGAACCAUCAUCACGCCUGUUUCCUCGUGACAUGUUUUCAAUGGAGUGUUCCUCUCAUUGGGGGAUUUUGUGCUAGGAAUUGAUGAACAAAUUUGAUUGUUGUGAAAUUUGUAUUGUAAGAACAAGGUGCUAUAGAAACUGUAAGUUAAUGUAGAAUUGUUGGGAUAUUCGUACUAUCCACACGAAAUUUCUUUUGAAUUUAAGUACAUUUUCAAUGUAAAUGACUUUACAUGUACAUUGAUGUUGCCAUGGUUAUAUUAAACUGCCAAGUAACAAUUCAGUGGAAGAAUUCUGGAAAAUGCUGACACAUACUGUUAGACACAGGUUUGCAUCUUGCUUAGUAAGGUUGUAUCUGCUGUAUCAACUUGUGGCUACUGUUCAGCCUUGAACACACAACAUACUGCAUCUUGCAAGCCUUUUGCUAUGCCAUCUGUGUUAGUUAUUCAAGGAUUUUCUACUUGUGUAAUGACAACAUUUGGGUGUACUGAUACCAAAUGUCAUAAGUGAUAUUGCAGUAUUACACUGUUGGUCAAGAUGACUUCUUUUUUAAAUAUAUUUUUGAUCUAUUUAGUGAUUGUCAGACAUAAAACUUCAGAUGAAACUACAUUGUGGCUUUCGGUAUCAGUCUAGCUCAGGCUAAUAUUAGUUCCAGAACAUAAAAGUUAUUUGUUAGGUUUCCUGCGAUAUAAUCCAAACUUGAUUGAAUUAAGGCUCACAAAUUAAAGUAGAAAAAAUAUUUACCUCAUAUAGUAUCUUUUGUCUUCGAUCUUACAAUCAAUUGCUUAAGUGUCUAUUAAUUGUUAUAUUUCCUUUGCUGACAAUUGUCGUGUGAUUGUUUUUAAACAGCAAUCUCUGACCUAAGUUGUUGGGGCAUGGAAUCUCGAUAGAUCCAUGUUCGGUCUUCAGGAUUUCUCAGUGCAAUAAUAUUAAUGUCGAUGAACAGCAACCAAAGUCGGGGGAUUUGUAAGAGGAAGCUCAUUGGUGACUUUUUCGAAUAUGUUUUCUUUGCCGGCAAUGUAGUGCUAAAAGAAUGUAAGGAAUUUUUAGGGAAAAAAGUGCAUUGUGAUGACUGAGAGCUUCAGUAUCUUCCCCUGACUGAGGAGUGCAUUAGACUGGCCAGUGGUGUAUAAGUGUAUAAUGUGUAUAGACGACAGCUGUGUGUUGUGUGAGGAGGUCAUCACCAUCUCCAUCCCUCCCUUCCUUCCUUCCUUUCCAAGAUGGUAGAGGACAACAGGGUGGGAUAAACAGAACUGUCACAAUGAAUGCCUUGUAUGGAAAUUAAACAUGUUUACAGUAUA